AAAUCAAAUCUGUCAAACGAAAAGUGCCUUUGCGUACGGCAGUUUAAUAUUCCAUUGUCCGGCUAAAGGUAAUUUUUGUAAUUGCCUUUUGUUUGGCACACAAAAGCCCAUUGUUCCUCGUCCAGUAGGCAGCGGGCUACGAUGCAAAGUGUCAUUAACACGGUGAAGGGAACCGCCCUGGGCGUAGCGGGGUACCUUACUCCCGUGCUGAAGGAAUCAAAGUUCCAAGAGACUGGUGUGCUCACCCCCGAGGAGUUUGUGGCAGCGGGGGACCACCUGGUGCACCACUGCCCCACGUGGCAGUGGGCCAAGGGCGAGGAGUCCAAGAUCCGCAACUACCUGCCCAGUGACAAGCAGUUCUUGGUAACCAGGAAUGUGCCGUGCUACAGGAGGUGUAAACAGAUAGAGUACUGUGAAGAUAAAGAGAAGGUGAUAGAGGAAGACCAAGAUGGAGAAGGUGGCUGGGUGGACACGCACCACUAUGACACCAGCGGCUCACCCGCUGUUGAAGAAAAGGUGUGUGAGAUGACCCUAGAUGCGGCCGACACAGGCGACAGUGACGGCGAGGCAGGCGACCCUGACAAUGAUGAUGAUGAGGAGGAGGAGGAGGAUGGUGAAGCUGAAGACAUGGAGCAGUUCCAGGAGUCGGGGCUGCUGGAUGAAGUGGAUCCUUCAACAGACCUCGCGCCGCGUAAAGAAAGCAAACCCAAGGAGGCCAAACCGUCUCGCGGCGACGGCGACGACAUCGUGCGUACGCGCACGUAUGAUCUGCACAUCACGUACGACAAGUACUACCAGACCCCGCGGCUCUGGCUCAUAGGGUACGACGAGAGCCGGGCGCUACUAAGCGUGGAAGCGAUGUACGAGGACGUGUCGGCCGAGCACGCCAAGAAGACUGUCACCAUCGAGGCGCACCCGCACCUCGCGGGCCCGGGCAUGGCGUCCGUCCACCCCUGCCGACACGCAGAAGUGAUGAAGAAAAUAAUAGAGACGGUAACAGAGAGCGGCGGCGAGAUGGGCGUGCACUCGUACCUCAUCGUGUUCCUCAAGUUCGUGCAGACGGUCAUCCCCACCGUCGAGUACGACUUCACGCAGAACUUCGCCAUCAACUAA